UUCGAUAUCAUCUUUGAGAGAAAUCCUUCAUGACGAAAACGUGGUUUUAUUUGUAAUUAUAGUUAAUCUAUUCUAAGUGUCAAAGAAUCUUUUUCCACCCGUCAGUGUGAUGUUGUUACGAAGAUAUAGAUGCGGAAUGAAUAGCAGAUUUAAGCUGCUUGUUCGUAAUUUUGGAAUUUUCAAGCAUCAGCCAGCUCUUGGGUUUGAACACGUUCCCAAGUUAGCAACAGCCCAACAUGUGAGAUACAAGAGUGGUACACCUUUAAAUACUAUCAUAAUGUUUGUUCCACAACAAGAGGCCUGGAUUGUCGAAAGAAUGGGGAAGUUUCAUAAAGUUUUAGAACCAGGUUUAAACAUAUUGAUACCGAUAAUUGAUCAGGUUAAAUAUGUUCAGAGUCUCAAAGAAAUAGCUAUAGAAAUACCACAACAAACUGCGGUUACAUCAGAUAAUGUAACGUUAAACAUCGACGGUGUAUUAUAUUUAAGAAUAAAUAACCCAUACUUAACUUCCUAUGGUGUUGAGGAUCCAGAAUUUGCUAUAAGUCAGUUAGCAUUAACUACAAUGAGAUCAGAAUUAGGAAAAAUAUCUUUGGACAAAGUGUUCAGAGAAAGGGAAGGUCUUAAUGUUUGUAUUGUCGAUAGUAUAAACAAAGCAAGCGAAGUGUGGGGCAUUACUUGUCUUCGAUAUGAGAUACGUGACAUAAGACUACCACAAAGAGUACAGGAAGCAAUGCAGAUGCAAGUAGAAGCAGAACGCAAAAAGCGAGCUGCAAUUUUAGAAUCUGAAGGUGCCAGAGAUGCAGCAAUCAAUCUUGCAGAAGGGAAACGUUUAGCACAAAUUUUAGCAUCGGAGGCUGCAAAGCAAGAAGAAAUAAAUAAAGCCAGUGGUGCUGCAUCAGCUAUAAUGUCUAUCGCCGAAGCACGUGCAAAUAGUUUGAAACUUGUAGCGGGUGCUCUAAGUAUAACUGACGCAAAAAAUGCAGCAGCGCUUAGUAUAGCAGAGCUGUAUGUCAAAGCAUUUGAUAAAUUGGCAAAAAGCAAUAAUACACUAAUAUUACCCAGCAAUGUCGCUGAUGUGUCUUCUAUGGUGACUCAAGCAAUGACAAUUUACAAACAACUAAUAGCACAACCCAACUUUGACGAUAGUCAAAGAAAAAUAAAUGGAGAUGCUCAACUUAAAAUUGAUAGCUCGGAUGAAUCGUUUGAGUACUUCAGCGAUAAAGAGGAAGCAGAGAAACAUAGCAGAAGUAGAAAAUAAUAUCCUAAAAUAUUGUGAAAUGUUUAUGUAUAAUACAAAUACAGUUGAACUUUUCUUAUCUACCUUCACUUGUACUUAUACAUACACGGGCGG